AUGGGACAGGGUUGUGUGAGAGCUCAUAUCAUGAACUUGAUUGACAUAGGAACGAAAUUACAAGAGCUGGAUAUGACAGUAGAUGAGGACAUGAUGGUCCAUUUUGCACUGAAUUCAUUGCCUAAAGAGUUUAAAUCUCUCAAGGAAACCUACAUUGCUCAGAAGGAGACCUGGACCUUGAAUGAUCUUAUUACUAUUUCUGUCCAACAAGAGCACAAUAUCAUAAGAGAAAAGGGAGCCAAAAUGGUCAACAUGGUUCAGACUAAACAGAACAAAGAAAACAAGUAUAAGCCUGCUGCUGGGAAAGAAAAGGAAAACAGUACAGAUAAGGCUUUGAAACCUACAACUGGAUUAGGUUGUUUCUUUUGCAAGAAAGCAGGACACAUGAAGAGAGACUGCAGGAAAUACAAAAAGUGGCUGGAAAAGAAGAAGGGAAAAGGUAAUAACAAUUUGAUUUUGGUCUGUUUCGAAUCUAAUUUGGUUAAUUUCUCAAGUGAUUCAUGGUGGUUGGAUAGUGGUGCUUCUAUUCAUGUAGCUAAUUCCUUGCAGGAGUUUACAAGCAAGAGGCUGCCAAGCAAGGAUGAAGUGAAGGUGUUCGUGGGAAAUGGAGAAGAAGUCCAAGUUAAUUACAUAGGGACAGUUAGAAUCAAGUUAGAAUUUGGUUUUGUUUUGGAAUUAGAUGAAGUAGUUUAUGUUCCUUCUAUGAAGAAAAGUUUGAUUUCAGUUACUAGACUUGUAAAAUCAAAGUUCAGUUUGAAUUUUGAUGGAACUGGUUGUUCUAUUUUCAAAAAUAAAGUUUUAGUUGGCAAAGCAAGUCUCAUUGAUGGAAUGUUUAGAUUAAACUGCAAAAGAACUGAAAUGGAAAUAAACACUGUGCAAACCAAAACAAAUGAGAUUUCCUUCAAAUUAUGGCAUAAAAGACUUGGACAUGUUUCAAAAGAAAGGAUAACACAACUGUGUAAGGAAUCUGUCUUACCACCAUUGAAUCAUGAAAACGAAGAUGAAGUUUGCAUUCCAUGUAUCAAAGGGAAAUUAACCAACUUAAGAAAGAAAGGGGCAUUAGGAAGCAAAGGUUUACUGGAACUCAUUCAUACGGAUAUAUGUGGACCCUUUCCAAAUCCAACUCAUGAGGGAUUUAACUACUUUAUAACUUUUACAGAUGAUUUUUCAAGAUAUGGAUAUAUCUAUCUCAUUAAAGAAAAAUCAAGUGCAUUGGACAAGUUCAAAAUUUAUAAGGCUGAAGUAGAAAACCAGUUGAACUUGAAAAUAAAGGUGGUUAGAUCGGAUAGAGGAGGAGAGUACUAUGGAAGGUUUGAUGAGACUGGAAGGAAUCCUGGACCUUUUGCUAAGUUUCUUCAAGAAGAAGGAAUUAUAGCUCAGUACACCAACCCAGGUACACCUCAACAAAAUGGAAUUUCAGAAAGAAGAAACAGGACCUUGAAAGACAUGAUAAGGAGUAUGAUGAGCUGUACAAAUCUGCCAAUUUUUCUUUGGGGAGAGGCUUUAAAAACAGCCAACUAUAUUCUAAAUAGAAUUCCAACCAAAAGCAUUAAUAGAAUUCCCUAUGAAGUGUGGAAUGGAAGGAAGCCUAGCAUUAAACAUCUGAAAAUAUGGGGCUGUAAAGCAGAAGCAAAACCUUACAAUCCAGCAGAAAAGAAGUUGGAUCCAAAAACCAUAAGUGGUUUUUUUGUUGGCUAUCCUGAAAGAACAAAGGGAUACAGAUUUUAUUGUCCCAAACACACUACCAGAUUCAUAGAAACCUCAAGAGCAGUUUUUAUAGAAACUGACCAAGAAAUAGAUGAGGGAGAAAGUUUUAGUUUUGAAGAAAUAAUCUUGAACCAUGACAUGCCACAGAAUCCAAGUAAAGUAAUUGUUAGAUUACCUCAAAUGGAUUCAAUCAACACUCAACUCGAACACACUGAAGAGACCAAUGUCAAUGAACCUGAAAUUGCAGAACCAAUGGAGUUAAAUGAAAAUCAAGCACCACCAGCAGAAAAUCAAGACAUGGCUCAAGCACAAGAAGUAGCAAAUCCAGAACCAAACUUGGAACUAAGAAGAUCACAAAGGCAAAGAAAACCUGCCUUAGGAGAUGAUUAUUUUGUAUACCUACAGGGAGUAGAACAUGAUGUGAAUAUCAUGGAAGAUCCUGCAACAUUCAAACAGGCCAUGACAAGUGAAAAGAAAGAAAACUGGUUUGCAGCAAUGAAGUCAGAACUGAAUUCAAUGGAGAAAAAUGGAGUCUGGAAGCUUGUGACCUUACCUCAAGGUUGCAAAACCAAUUGGUAG